AUGCAGAGACAAUAUUGUGGACGAAUUGUGGACGAGUGUUCGGCCAAUGCGUCCAGGAAGGGCCCACCCUGGCGCGUUCAUGGCCUUGCUUUGCUGGCCGCUCACCGUACCGCCGAUCUAUGCAGCUCCUGCCUCGCGAAGCCGGCAUGUUUCCAGCCGAAAACCUGGCAUCCAAUCACGCAUCUACCUCCCCGCAUGCUGCAAACGGAAAACGAAGCAGCGACACACGCUGCUCGGGCAGCCGUGAUGUCAAGAAAUCAUCGCCAGCGUGUUUUCGGACACGUGUAUGACGCAUCAGGGCGGGCUCGGGCAAACAUCCUGGGUCCUGAAAAGGCUGUCCCAGAAGUGAGCCUUAGGGAGGGUGUGUCGGAAAGAACUCUCUUCCCCUUUGUAAGGAUCACGCAGUGUUGCGCCGCGCCAAGCCUCUCGCGUCUGCGCGCCCACCAGGUCGUAUCGUUGGCUGGCCGUCAAUCCGCAACACAGCGGUGGCUGGGAGGGUCGACCUGCAGCACCGAACCGUUUGCAGGGUGGGAGGCAGCGUUUAGCAGCCCGUUUCGUGCUAGCGCGUUGCGCUCCCUACACGCCCUCACUGGCUAG